AUGUCGGACAUCAACAAAGAAAUCAUUGAAGCAUGUGCAAAAAAUGACAGCUUGGGAAAGUUUAAAGUCAUUGAGUUGAAACGUUAUUUAGCGAAUCACCGACAGAAUGUGUCUGGAGUUAAAUCGGAGUUAAUAGAGCGUGUGAAAUGGACAUUUAAGCUUGGACUUGGGGAUUUAAGUUCGCAAAAAAUCCAGGACAAAGAAGAAUUUGAGCAGCGUCAGUGGGAUAAAUUUUGUACACCGCAGGGUGAAACCAUUCCCCACCCAGACUGUUUAAACAACUGGAAGAACACUUUCGAGACCAUUCCCGACUUUGAUGAGAAGGAAAUCUACAAUUACUUAGUGUUGAAAAUGAGGUCAAAAAGACAGCUGAAAUCACGGGGGUUCCUCGAGGAUGGUCACGUUCACAAUGUUGAGGUCAGUGAUGUAGAUGAAAAUUCCAGCCACUGUUAUGUGCGUGCUAAAGUAAUUCCAUCAUUCCCAACUGCUGACAAAAAGAAGUCUCCAGAUUAUUCUCCUUGGCUAAUGCUGUCAAAGGUGACCGGCUGUGUGAAUUCUGCAGACUGCGGGUGUGCAGCUGGUGAUGGCGAGUCAUGUAACCACAUAGGUGCAUUGCUGUAUACGGUCGCAGACAUUUGUCAGAAAAGGAGAGAUGGUACCCUCUCGUCAACAUCACAGAAAUGUAAAUGGUCAAAUCCCCGAAAGAGGAAACUAAGUCCAAAAAAGUCGCAGGAUGUUUCCUUCGUUAAGUACAGGUUUGAGAAGUCCUUACGAAAACAAGAAGAAAGUGACUCUGUAAAAAAAAAUCACACACAAAUGGAAAAAGGAUGUACAGUUAAUGUUGACCGAUUCAAAGAGAGACUGUUAGCGGACUCCUUAAAUGUAGGCUGGUUACAAAACUUUGAAAUCCCUUUACCUGAAGAACCAAAACUGCCGAGCAUGCAUAGUGUGCCAUUCAAAUACACGGAUUCAGUGGAUCUUAAAAGCGAACAAUGUCAGAAGGUAUUUAGGGGGUAUUUUGGGCGCGUAACAAAUAACGUUACACCAGAAAAGUGUCAGUUAAUUGAAACAUUGACCCGCGGACAAAAUUCAACCAAAUGGAUGGAUGCUAGGAAAGAGAGAAUAACAUCUUCAGUAUUCGGACAAGUCGUUAAACGUAAAGAUAGCACAGAGCCAGACGGCUUGCUUAAAAGUAUGUUGUAUACUGACUUUCAAAAUUCAAACACAAAAUAUGGAAAAACGCAUGAAAAACCUGCAAGGAAAAUGUACUCUAAGUUCAUGAACAGUAAUGGCCACAAAGGACUUCUUGUGAAAGAAUGUGGCUUUAUAGUUAGCAAGGACAGCCCAUUUUUGGGUACAAGCCCAGAUGGGCUUGUUUACUGUACUCACUGUGAAUCGCAGUUAGGACUUGUUGAAAUAAAGUGCCCCGCAGCAAUGAAAUGGAGGAUGAAUUCACCAAAUGAAUGUGCGAGUGAUAAAGAUUUUUUUUGUGAAAUUUCAGAUGGAAAAGUAUCACUAAAAAAAAAUCAUAACUAUUACUUCCAAGUUCAAGGCCAAAUGGGUAUCACAGGCCGGAAAUGGUGCGAUUUUGUAGUUUGGACAUGUGUUGGUAUGACAGUUGAAAGGAUCACAUUUGAUGAGGAACUCUGGUUUCAAAUGGUUCAAAAACUUGAACAGUUCUAUGUCACUGCUUACAUUGCAGAACUGUUUUCUAGACGAGUUCAAAGAGGUAUUCCUCUGUUUACUGCAAAGUAAAAAAACUUGCUUUGAUCAAAGUACUGUUGAGAAAAGUGGUUUAAAAUUCCUGGUAGUAAUUGUACUUUCAGCAGUGUAAAAGCUAUUUGCCUGUAAAUGUCUAAUUUUGAAGCAGAUGUCUUAUAAGUUAGUUUGUCACCAAUAUUUUGUGUAAAUAUCUAUGACAAAAUGUAAUCAUUGUUUACAUUAAAUUUGAAAAUAUUUAAGCAAACCAGGGAAUUAUUUAUUUUGUUAUCUAAAUAGACUGACAAUAAACCAAAUUCCAGAUUCAGGUGAAAUGACUGACACCAAUUUGAUUUUUUUUUUGGAAAUAAAUACCAGAUUCUGGUGAAAUGGCUGUUACCAAUUUGACCGAUUUUUGGAAUUAGUUUUAAAGAUACUUGCUCACAGCUUUAAUUAAACUUUGAAAUAUUUUUUUUCACAAUUUUUUACUGAAAUAACACCUGUUCAAUACUACAUGUAGAUGGGACUAGGGUUAGGACUUGGACUUGUCCGUCUUCCAGUUUAGACACUACCAUUAUGAUUAACUGUUGAAAUAAUUAUCUUUACCAAAAAUAUACUGGCUGCAUGGCAAAGUGAAACAGGUCAGAUCAUGAUCAGACUGUACUGAUGUGCAGGCUGAUCAUGAUCUACACUGGGUGCAAAGGCAGAGUCAGUCAUGUGGCAUGGUAAGGGUUAAAUGGAAAUUAACGACAUUAAAUCCUAUACCUUCAACAAAGGAAAAUUUGAUUUAAAGUCUUUUCAAUUGUUUUAACAAAACCGUUCAACUGUAAUUUUUUUGUGUGUAGCUCUGACAAAAACAGGCUUGUUACUAACAAUGAAAAAAGCCAUUAUUGUACAGGUAUUUAAUUUAAUUAAUAUACAUGUAUAAUAUAAACAUAAGUUACAUAACAAACAU